UAGUAAUGUUUUACUAAUUUCCAUAGAAAUCUAACAAACUGAGGUAUUAAGUUGCUUUAAACUAUAACAAACUCCUUCAUGUAUAACCUAAAUGGCUGAAAAAUUAGAAGUCCUUGAAGCGUGUCUUGAACAAUUCAUUGAAAACGUGCGGCAACUUGGUGUAAUCGUUACUGACUUCCAACCACAGGGGCAGGAGGUGCUUAAUCAGAAAAUCAACUCAACUAUUACAUGUCUUAAGGAUAUUGAGAACUGUAAAGCCUCAGUUUCAGACAUCCACGUGCCGCUUGAGGUGUUUGAUUACAUUGACUCUGGUAGAAACCCCCAGCACUACACAAAAGACUGCAUCGAGAAGUCGUUAAUGAAAAACGAAGCCUUGAAAGGAAAAAUCGACGUUUACGGAAAAUUUCGGCAGGAAUUAAUGACUCAAAUUGGAAAGGUUUAUCCACAACAAAUUAUCGAGUAUAAGCAAGCAAGGGGGGAACUCUGAUAGUUCUUUCUAAGCUUAAAACAUCAACAUUGCAAAUUGUUCUGCGCAUAACAUUAUUUUUUACAUCUUAUUUUUUAAGUUUCAAUCAUGGAUGAUAAAAAAUCAAUUUCAUUUGGAUUUAAAAAGAAAAUCCAGACCAAGGUGGAUGAAAGUAAAGUUGUAAAAGAUGCUCCUGAAGAGAGCAGCACCAAGGACUUUCUCACAGAGGUUGAUGCUAAAAGUUUGCAGAAGGUGACUCCAAAGGAAUUGGUAAUCCCUCUCAUAUCAAAGAAUAGAUAUGUGAUGCCAAAAAAAGAAAAACUGCAAACAAAUGAGAUAACUGCAGGAAUUGAAGAUGAAGCAGCAAAGGAACUAAUGGCAGAAUCAAAACAGUUUUUGGAUCAAGCUCCUCC